AUGGAUUACAACUCUCAAAAAUUUAACUUAAUGUAUCUUAAUCAGUUAACAACUGCAGAAUCUUUUCUAAUUGGAUUUCAUGAUCUUUAUAUAAAAAUUUUUUUUAAUAACUCUUCUAGGAUAGCUGACUUAUCAGAUUAUGAUAUCGAUCCUUUUACUGAUAAUUCUGCAAAAUCUAAUUGGAUAAUUAUGUAG